AUGAACCUGAUCAUGAAAAUUUUAUGUUUUGUCUUGCUCACAGUUAAUAUAGCAACAAUUGCAAUCCUGUCUUGGGGAAAAUGUGGUCUUUCCAAGUGCAUCACACGCUACCUCGUAUCCAUGGCAGUGACAGAUCUACUGGUUGUUUUUGUCGAUGUCAUUUUCGAUCAGAUUGGUGAUUCAUAUUUCCCAGACAGUUUCCUGAAUAUUACUGCCAUUUGUAGUCUUAGAGGGGUCCUGCGAUAUGCUGCUUCAGACAGCUCGGUGUGGUUAACAGUCUCCUUCACCUUUGACCGUUUCAUUACCAUUUGUUGCCAGAAACUGAAAAGAAAAUAUUGCACAGAGAAAACUGCAGCGAUUGUGAUCAGCACAAUUUGUGUGCUUAGUUGCGUGAAAAACAUUCCCUGGUACUUUCAGUAUGAACCAUAUGAAAUAAUUGACAAUAUUCCCUGGUAUUGCUUCAGGAAUAGCUUAGAAUAUUAUGUCUCCUCAAUGUGGUCAACCUUUGAGUUGCUUCAAUACAGCAUAACCCCAUUUAUUCCGUUUCUUCUUAUCUUGACCCUCAACGCUCUGACUGUCAGGCAUAUUUUAGCAGCCAAUCGAAUCCGCAGGGCACUCCGAAACCCGAAGAGCAGUGAGGAAGAGGAUGAUCCCGAGACGGAGCAUCGAAGAAAAUCCAUCAUUUUGCUCUUCAGCAUUUCAAGCAGUUUUAUCCUGUUGUGGGUGACACAUGUUAUACAUUCUCUUCUACAGCGGAUUUCAACCAUGUCUUAUUACAGGAUUCAUGUUGACUCAACAACAGCAGAACAGAUUGGAGAUGCACUCCGACUACUCAGUUGUUGCACAAACACGUGCAUUUAUGCUGUAACCCAGACUAAAUUCAGAGAGGAGUUAAAGAAUGCUUUGAAAUAUCCAUUUAAUCUGAUUAGCUGCUUAUUGAUGAAACAUGGGACAUCCUAG